CAUUUGGUACCAAAUCCUAUAUAAACACCACCUUAUCAUUUCAGUUCCUCACAGCUUCUCCAAUCUCCAAAGUCAUUCAGACAACCAAACCUCAUUGACAGCACAAAACCAUAGAAGAGAGCCCCUUUUUUUCCUUCCAUCUAGCAAUGACAAAAACCGACCACGAAUCGCUGCAACAAAUGGACGAGGAGGCCAAGCGCAAGAAGAGGAUGAAGUGGACGAUCGGCAUCAUCGCCUUUGUUAUCUUUCAGGUAGUCCAAGCUCUCUUCUUUGUGCUGGUUAUUAUGAAGUUCAAGUCCCCCAAGUUCAGGGUCGGCGAGUUCGAUGUCCAAACCUUGAACGUCGGGACUCAGGCCUCGCCCUCAUUUGACAUGAGCUUCGUCGCCCCGAUCCGUGUCAAGAACACCAACUGGGGUCCCUUCAAGUAUGACGCUUCUACUGUUAGCUUCACCUAUGGAGGCGUCCAAGUGGGACAAGCGAUCAUUCCAAAGAGCAAGGCCAACUUCAAAUCCACCAAGAAGAUUGAUGUGAGUGUGACAUUGAGCUCUGCGAAUUUGCCAAGCACAUCGAAUCUUGGGAACGAGUUGAGUUCAGGAAUCAUAACAUUGAACAGCCAAGGCGAGCUCAAAGGGAAGGUGACGGUCAUGUUCAUGUUCAAGAAGACGAAGACCUCCCAAAUGAAUUGCACCAUGGCCAUUGAUACAUCAACCAAGGCAGUCCAGUCCUUGACAUGUAAAUGAGGAUGCAAGAGCGUGUGAUUCUCCGUUAGACGGCUUGUGCUUUGUCACAAACAUUUUGUGGAUUAGAUAAGAUUUGUAAUUCUACCUAUUCUUUCUGUCAUUUGUUAUCACCUUGCUUCUGUUGGAAUUUCACGCAUUUAUUGUUGAAUUGAGGA